UGCCAGUCAGACUAUCAUAUUUUACAUAGGGGGUAAAAAAAAUAUGCACUCUUUGAAUAAACGUUUAAAAACGAGGGCAGACUCGCUGUCAAGCGGCGAAAUUUUGUCCGUUUAGGUCGAAAGCGUGCAGAGGUGUGCAACAUUGAAACAACCGAAACAUCAGUUGCGAGCCCGGAUGAAUGUAUCGAAGACCGUCGACUUCUCGACAAAACGAGAGAAAAAAACAAAUAAACGGCCUCACUUAUAAUGUGUUGCCAUAGAAUCGGCCCAGCCUCGAACUUAGAAAUAACACCAGCAACAGCUGCUGCCCAGAAAUGCAGGAGUGCGCGCGAUGCCGACGUCGACGCCGACAAAACAUUGCCCGUUCCUCCGAAUACCGCACCUACUACGGUAAUCGCUCUCACCAUAUUCUUUGGUCACCAUUGAAUGAACGACCGCGCUACCAGGCGUCUGGCUAGGCCAUCCAGAGCCAAAAUUCAUUAUAACUGACAGGAACAGCCAGAGGUUUUUCAGAAUGAGUUCCUCGGACGACAGAAAACGGCUCAGCCCCCAGGAAGUGUUCUCUGCCGAUCAGGCAGCGGCAGCUGGAAGUGAGCUCAGAGACGACGAUCCCACAGGUAGACGCACGACACGAAGGCGACGGGCACGUCUCGAUCCGAAGGAAAUGGGCGACAGGCAAGCCGCCGGCGGAACAGCUGGACCUCCAGGCGACGACGGCGCCAGCUACGCGUCGGACGACGAGAGCGGCAACAGCCAGCAUGCCAAGCAGGCACGCUUGGGCAGCACAGGUGACCGUCGUGGCGAGCGUUUAGCGGCGGCGACAAUUUCCGAGGGCGGCGGCGAUGGGCAAGACGUGGACAGCGAGAUGGAGGACCCGACUGGGCUGGAAGGGGCCGCCUUUCAGAGCCGGCUCCCUUUCGACAAGAUGACGGCUCAGGAAGCGGCCUGCUUCCCAGACGUGGCGCAGGGCCCGCAGCAAACUCAGAAGGUAUUCCUGCACAUCCGCAACCGGCUGCUGCAGCUGUGGCUGCAGAACCCCAAGAUGCAGCUUAUAUUCGAGAACGCGCUUCCGCAAAUCGAACCACCGUACAACAGCGACGUGCCUUUCGUGAUGCGUGUACACGCCUACCUGGAGCGCCAGGGGCUCGUCAACUUCGGCGUCUACGAACGCAUCCGUGGUCCGCCAGCCAAGAAGCACGGAAAGGUCAUUGUCGUAGGAGCCGGCAUCUCGGGCCUGGCUGCGGCGCAACAGCUCCAGCAGUUUGGCAUGGAAGUGAUCGUGCUUGAGGCUCGAGACCGAGUCGGCGGUCGUGUGGCUACUUUCCGCAAGGGCAACUACAUUGCCGACCUGGGUGCCAUGGUGGUCACGGGAUUGGGCGGCAAUCCCGUGGCCGUGCUGAGCCGGCAGAUCAAGAUGGAGCUGCAUCGGAUCCGUCAGAAGUGCCCGCUCUACGAGUCCAAUGGCACCACUGUGCCUAAAGACAAAGAUGAGAUGGUAGAGCGCGAGUUUAACCGGCUUCUUGAGGCAACAUCUUACCUGUCGCACCAGCUUGAUUUCAACUAUAUACAAGGCAAGCCAGUGUCCCUUGGCCAGGCGUUGGAAUGGGUCAUAAAACUUCAAGAGAAACAUGUAAAAGAAAAGCAGAUUGAGCACUGGAAGCUUAUAUUGGAGAUGCAAGAGAAGCUUAAGACAAACCACCAGCGCAUGCUGCAGCUGCGAGACCACAUUGAGGCCUUGCAUCAGCAGCACAAGGAACUUGCCUCUUCCAAGGCACAGCGUGAUGUCACGCAGGAGUUUGUGCUGCGAAGCAAACAGCACGAACUAACUUGUACCUGCCGGGAAUGGGACCAACUUGUUGAGCAGCAAAAAGAGAUAGAGGAUAAGUUGCAAGAGCUGGAGGCAUCUCCACCAAGUGACGUCUACCUCUCGUCUCGCGAUCGACAGGUGCUUGACUGGCAUUUUGCCAAUCUAGAGUUCGCCAAUGCCACUCCUUUAAACAACCUAUCACUGAAGCACUGGGAUCAAGACGAUGAUUUUGAAUUUACUGGUGCACAUCUGACUGUACGUAAUGGUUACUCAUGUGUUCCUGUUGCACUUGCAGAAGGGCUCGAAAUUCGGCUGAACACUGCUGUCAAACAGAUCCGCCAUGGGAGCACGGGAGUCGAAGUUCUAGCUGCUAACACCCGGAGCAGUGGUGGUCUCAUCAGUUUCAAAGCAGACGCUGUCCUUAGCACACUCCCACUUGGUGUCAUGAAGCAAGCAGUGCAGGGCAACCCUAAUGUACCAAACACCGUGCAGUUCAUUCCACCUCUUCCAGAGUGGAAAGUUAGUUCCAUUCAACGGCUAGGUUUUGGCAAUCUCAAUAAGGUGGUGCUUUGCUUUGACCGUAUCUUCUGGGAUCCCAAUGCGAACCUUUUUGGACAUGUUGGCAGCACAACAGCUAGCAGAGGUGAACUCUUCCUUUUCUGGAACCUUUACCGAGCACCUGUGCUUUUGGCACUAGUAGCUGGUGAGGCAGCAGCCAUCAUGGAGAAUGUUAGUGAUGAUGUCAUUGUGGGGCGCUGCCUGGCUGUACUGAAGGGUAUUUUUGGCAGUGUGCCGCAACCUAAGGAAACCGUUGUGACCCGCUGGAGAGCUGACCCAUGGUCAAGAGGUUCUUAUUCCUAUGUGGCCACAGGGUCCUCUGGAAGUGAUUAUGACAUCUUGGCAACUCCUGUGACGCCACCCUCUGUGGUUCCAGGUUCAUCACAGCCACAGUCACUGCCCCGGUUGUUCUUUGCUGGUGAACACACAAUUCGAAAUUAUCCAGCAACCGUGCAUGGUGCAUUGCUCAGUGGGCUGAGAGAGGCCGGUCGUAUUGCAGAUCAGUUCCUAGGCUGUCCGUAUGCUCCUCCGAGGCAGCCUCAGUCAUAGGCAUUCUCUAGCAUCAGUUACGCCAUCAUAACUUCUUCAAAUGUGUUUGUGAAUGGUAGUAAUCAUGGCUUCCCAGUGCAUUCCCGGUGUAGAUCUGUUUAAUGUGCUUCCUGAUCUAUUUGAACAGAUUCUCAUGAAGUUCUAUUGCAUAAUCAGGUUCGGUACCUCAGAGCCAAUAAAAAGUGUGAAAAGUCAAUUUAGAGGUAGGUGACAGGAGCUAUGUUCAUAAUAUAAAAAAUACAAUAUAUUUUAAGUGGGCUUAUGCAAUAACAGUGACACUUUACCUCUCUCUCUAUUUUAUUUUAGGUUGUUAGUGUUCUUGAUUAUUAAGUUUUGGGUUGGCAUCAUAUGGCAUGUUUUCAGGAACGCACCUUAGCAGGUCAGGAUGUCUGAACAUCUUGAGCAGCCCUGAUUUUCUUUUUACAUGUAUGGCAAGAAAAGAGGCUCUAUUAAAAUGCGUAUUGGUCCUUGGGAUGCAUGUAAAAGUUGCACAGGGUGACAUUAGCGAUGAACUGCUGUACAAGCAAAAUACUGUGUGCUGGAGCAUUGUUGGACAAAUCUCGAUGCUUUUUGCACUACAACUCUGGCCCUCUUUUGCUGUGACCUUCUCUAGCUUAAAAAUGUGUUACAUAGUGGCAGCUGUGUACCAGUCACAAGUAUACUACAGCCGUAAGAAAAUUUUGAAAUUAUGCCGUAAUAGCAAAGUUACAGCCAUUUGCUGAAUGAUUACGCGGCUGCCGUGGUUUCUCGCUCACCCCCACUACCCUCCCCACUGGCGCUCUCUCCUCACCACACUCUCAUCAACUCCAUGCAGAGCAGCGAAAGCUACUGGUUGGGUCAUGUCAACACACCAUAACAAAGGCUCCUCCACUGUCAGCCCCUAAUCGCCCUCCGUGCGACACCAAGUGAAUGGACAUUCCGUAGAAGGAUCAGUGGAGCACAAUGGGCAAAAUUCUUUCCAUUCUCGGAACACAUAGCUGGCUCUUGUCAUGAUGGCUCUAUCGUCCCUUGCUGACCAACCAACAAGCAGCUUUUGCAGUGGCGACGUCAUGCACAACACCCUGCUGGUGUUGCCAUGUACGAAGAAGGGGCAAGGAAAACCUAGAGAGAAGCACGCGACUGUUUUUUGAACACAUAGCUUCCCCAUGGUGCAUAGAGCUACUAUAUUGAAGAAAGAUUAGCAUCGCAGUACACUGUGCACCAUACGUGUUUACUUCAAAAAAUGUCGUAGGUGGUUUAGAGGCCAUUUAAUGAUGUCCAAACCUACCGAUAAUAUCAGGACUGAACGAUGUGAUGAUUCUAUUCCAUUUGUCUUCCUUUUUGGUCGUCAUCUUUGGCCCGAGUGGCAUCCUUCCUGCAUUAUGACCCAAAUUGACAGCUCUGUAGCGUUGUACAAGAACGCAGUAGAACUAGGUGAAAUGAAUUGCUUGUUCUUGCUGUUUCCAUUCUUGACAGUGUUGGCGUCUCCUGGUACAUUUAUUCUCUCUUGAUUUUGCAUUUCUUAAUUUCACUGGAAAAACUUUAUCUUAUGUACUUAAGCUUUCUAACAAGCUUAAGUACAUGUUUUAGUCAUUACAUGAUAUUGGUGGAAAUUAAUUUCAUGGCACUCUCCUGCUCUCAUUUAUAGACUUUUCUGUAUGUUCAACUGGUUGUGCUGAAUGGCUGGAUUAGGUGUUCUUUAUCAGUAUUCACUGAUUAGUAAACAUUGCGCAAAUUUCCACUACGUUUUAAGCUUUUUGAUGGUUCUGUGACAAGGCACUCAACAUUUUAUUUGCAGCCAUAUUGCCCGUCUAUGUCAACUGUUUCGCGUGUUUAAAGAGUUAACUACAUUGUGUCAUCACUAUUCAUAUCUUGCAACAGGUGCACUCUCAUUUCGAGACCUUUUUUUCAUUUCCAAGAAAUUUGGAUGAAUUGGCUGCUUGAUUUUGUUAGUGCAUGCCACCUAGGUAUAUUAUCUCUGCAUCUCACGCUCCCAAGCUUGUGUGUGUGACCUGCUUAUAUUUAGUGUCAAAACCAUUUUCUUAUAUUUAAGGUCGUUUGCCUAGCACAUUCUGUGACACUAGAGGUAUGUUGGCCACGCAAUGCCCAAUACUGUAUGAAUUGCCAUACCUCCUUCUGUGUAAAAGCCAGAAAAUUACUGCAUCAACAUUGUGUGGAUUCAUGUGGUUCAAACAGAUUUAUACUUUAGCCUUAAACAUGGCAGCUGCCUUAACACACGAAACAAAAAUUUCCUGUCAUUACCAUGAGCAUCAAGCAACAAAUGUGGCAUCCAUUGCCAUUUGUGGGCUGUCAAGUUUCAUGAUGUGAUUCACUGUUGAAACAGUCCAUAAGUGAACCCUCAUUGUUGGUCAUUUAUGUAAAAGGAGAAGCCAGUGCACUGCUUGCCAAUAAGACUUGUUACAUAUCAGUUGACAAAGGGAGCAGGACAGGGGUCAGCAGUCAAAGUUCAAAGCAUCUAGACCAUUCUGUGGCAUACCAUCUUGAAUGCAACAGGAAAAUUAUGACUAACUAAAUUGGCCCUGCUGGAAUCUACAACGUCUUGUUACACUACUCACUUUGUCAUCACUCUGCUGUUAGCCGCCCUUGUACAAUCCUGUACCGAUUUGCUUGAAAGCCAGAGAAAAAUAUUACCCAGCUAGACCACACCAGCGAUUACCCCUUACUAUGGAAAGUGUGGGGAAACCACAUGUGUGAUUGCCAUUGCAUAUUCCUAAAUGAUUACAAACAGUCAAAGCGUAAAUAUGUCUUGUAGAACAGGUACCUAGGAUGCAGGGCAAAGCUGCACUGUAUGUACCCGAUGUGAAACACUUCAUCAUGCCAUUCAGCAGUUGAAUGCGUGUGCACAUUCAAUGUCUGCUGGAAAUUACAACCUGCAGCCUUUUCUUUAAUAUCAUAUCAAUAAGUUCUUAUACCAUAGGUAUAAUGCAAUUUGAUUUUCAAACAAGGUGUUCUUGGUAUUUUGGGCAUGUUAUAUGCUUACUUCAUUCUGUGACUCUUGUGAUGUAAGGAGUGACCGUAAUUUUAUUUCAUCAACAUUAAAGUGCCUACAAGCAGAACCUAAUUUUUAAAAUAUUGACUAUACUAGAAUAACCUUCUUGAUCCAAGCACAUGCAUUACUAGAGUUUGUGGUACCCACAACAGAGCUCACCACAUCACGUUCCCUUUGGCUACCUCUGAAGCAACUCCACACAAAGCUACGAAAAGUUGCUUACACAGCUAAAAAUAAUACAUGUCGCCAUCACAAUAUGCAACAUCGUGGGCGGCCUGCUCCUUGCAACACCAUUGUAUCCCUCUUCAAGGUUGGCUCUUGUAGCAUGUGCAGCACUAUUUUCAACUUGUGCACUAGCAGGUAAACAUACUCGGCUGUAAUGUUAUGCUUCAGCUGAGUGUUUGUUUUGUUUGCGCUUCCAUGCACAUUCCAGUAUCUUUACAAGAUGGCUGGUUGUCUUGUUUCCAGAUAUAGUGUAUUUUCCACAUAUAUACAUGCUGAAUAUGUGUAGACUGAUUGACCUAAGAGCUGUGUGCUCAGAUUCUGGGCACUUUUAUGCUAGUCCUUCUGGCACACAACGUGACUUUGCUGUGCACAGUUUUUUGAGUACUUAUAAAGAAUAAUGCAGGUCACUAUUAUAUAAGUGACACAGCUGUGUGGAAGCUGGUAGACAGGACUUUAGUUAUUUUUAGAGAAAAGGUCUGUUAAACUUUGUCUCUUAUGGGCCCUAGUGUAAUAAGACUGCUAUCUUUGAAAUGUAUUGUGCAUUCACAAUCCUUGUGCACUGUAAUGUUAGACAAGUGUACCUAGAUGCAGCUGGCUGGAAGAUUGUUGGCAGUACUUUAGUGUUUCCCCAAGAAGAGUUCUGUUAUGUUUCAUCUCUUAUAGGUACUACAGCAAUAAGACUGCUCCCCUUUAAACAUUCAUUGUGCUCACAUUCCUCGUACAUUGUAAUGUCAGAAGAGUGCGCUUAAACUACAAGUGUUUGGACUUGCAAACUUGGUUUCCUUUAUGCGCCUGUGAUCCUGUUAUGUGAGUGGCAGUAAACGUUACUUACUGAGAUUCUCUUUCUGCACACUUAAAGAGGCUGAAAAGGAAUAUUAAGCUAAAGCUGGAUUACACUUCUAGGAUUGCAAAUACCGUGCAGAACUUCUAUAGGCCAAAAAGGAUGCAGAAAGGAAAGAGAGAUGACCCAAGUCAUUUUGAAAUUUCUAUUCCAGCUACUUGUGACGUAGAUUUUUGCAGCACCUGCUAGACGGUAGACUGUAAUUCAUUCAGAAGUAAGCAGAAGUAAUGUGGCAAAAUUUAUAGGCGUGCACAGAAAGGGCUUGACAGGACGACAUUGAAGAUGCUGUACGUAGUUCAGGCAUAAAUUUCAAGAGCUGGAAGCUUGGAUCCAUCCUACUGUACUGAACAAAUGCAAAUGGGGGUUUUGGAGGGGUAAUCUGCAGCCUUGAAGCUGUUUUACUGUUUCCAUUUAAUGUCCCUUGGAAAAUGUUUCCCGAACUGUUUGGUGCAGAAUAAAUGAAGUGUUCAAGGUGUGA